GAAAAGGGAAGAGUGGUCAGGCUACUACAGGGCUCAAUAGAUGAGCAAAACACCCUUUCUUAACUGUUGAGCAGGCCUGACUCGCUGGGAGCCAGCUCCUCCGAGGGUCACGCUCACGUUCUGCUCCAUUUCAGCCUGAGGCCGCUGGUGUGAGAGGCAAACUCGUGCCCAUGGAAGAGGCAGCGCUUGGAGAGGUGGCCCUGCAGGAGUGGGCCCUGGAGAGCUGCCCUCUGCAGAAAUGCAAGAAGAAACUUCCAGCUUCGACAAAGUGGAGGCAAAACAGGCCAAGGAUUGCCUCCAGACAGAGGGGAACACAAGCAGCUGCCUUCCCUGACGAAGAGAGCUCUGCAGCGGCGGGUGUCACAGCCGGCAGCAGCCGAGGGCCGGGGGCUGAGCCACGGGAUGGGGAGCGGGCCCAGCCGGGAGAGGCCGCUCAGCAUCACCGCAGCGGCCCCCGACACCGCGCAGCCCCCGCUGCCCGCACAGGCAGCCCCCGAUGGCGUCCAGGCCCUGGCUCUCUGCGACUUCCCCUCCGGCCCCGGGGCCAUCCUGAGGAUGGGGGAGCAGCUCCGCGUCCUCUCCGAGGAUGGGGACUGGUGGCUGGUGGCAUCGGAGGUGUCCGGUAAGGAAUGCCACAUCCCCAGCAGCUGCGUGGCCAGGAUCAGGCACAGGUGGCUGUACGAGGGCAUCAGCAGGCAGAAGGCGGAGGAGCUGUUGCUCCGGCCGGGCAACCGCAGCGGGUCCUUCCUCAUACGGGAGAGCCAGACCAGGCGAGGCUGCUUCUCGCUGUCGGUGCGGCGCUGCGAGCGGGGCUGCUGGGCCGCCGUGACCCAUUACCGCAUCCACCGCCUGGACAACGGCUGGCUCUACAUCGCGCCCCGCCUCACCUUCCCCAGCCUGCACGGCCUCGUGGAGCACUACUCCGAGUUCGGGGAGGGGCUGUGCUGCGCCCUUGGCGAGCCCUGCUCCACUGCCGGGGCGAGGGCGGCUCCUGCUGCCGCCGUGCCCGCUGCCGUGAGGAAGCCGGCAUUCACCUGGGACAAGAUGGACAGCUCCCUCCUGUUGGACACCGCGGGCCCCCCCGAGGACUCCCCCGUGAGCCUGGGCCUGCGCGAAUCCCUCAGCUCCUACCUGCGGCUGACGGGGGAGGCCGUCCCCGAGGAGGGCGCUGAGGGGAAGGGGCCCAAGGGCUGCUGAGGGCAGGGCCCGCCCGGCCACAGC